UUUAGAAUUUCUUUCCUCAUCUUCAGAAGAAAGAGCCACUGAUAUCGUAUUCAUGAGAAAUUCAUCUUCUCCGUUCUUCUCAAUUAACCUAACGCCUCACUGAAACAAAAACAAAGUAAACCGAAGAAUUGAUCGGAUCUAUCCUCAAUCCUCGAUUGGUACAUCACAGAAAAGUUUGUGAAACAUGCAGGGAUCUUUAUGACUUAAAAGAUUAUGGACUGAAAUGAACAAUUAGGUGGGAAUAAGAAGGAGCUUAAUGUAUUUUUUACUAGAGAGAAACUAAAGACUUUGUUAUUCUCGAUUUGCAACUGGAUGGUCAUCUUUUAGGCAUAGAAUGGACUGUGAGUCAUGGAUAUACUGAUGGAGGUUAUGACAGGGUACAAUUCCGAGUUGGAGUAUACCAUUCUUAUUCCAUUGCCACGGCUUGCAAAAUAUGACACUCUAAAAAGGGGAGCAAUAAAAUUGGAACUACCUUGUUCUAAGAAUACUGCGAAUAAUGGAGUAAUAAUAACAGCAGACCCUGAGCCAAAUUGGAAUUUAGAUUCUUUAUUAUCUGAAUUAAAUUCCUUAGAACUUAAACUAAAUGGCACUUCUUCAACUUCAUCUUCCUCUUCUAACCUUAUUGUACCUUUUACUAAAAACCAAGUACACAGUAAGAAAGUGGUUAGUAGAAGUAGUCAGAGGCAGAGGGGUUUUGUGAUGAGAGUAUCUGAAGACGAUGAUUAUGAUUACGAUGAUGAUGGGGUUAAUGAUAGACAGUUAGUUACAACUGGUAGACGAUUCUCUUUUACUGAUUCCAGUGACUCAGAGAGCUCUGGGGAUGGUGACUCAGUUAUCGAAGAGAAUCAGAUGCAAUUGAUGGGUCGAGUCGGACUGCUGGAUGGUGUUUUAGCUGAAUUGGAGCAUGAAUGCCAUCAAGAGAUUAAAGAGAAAGUCAGGAACAAAGUGAAAUCGCUAGAAACUGAUUUGAUGCAUGUGUAUGAGAGGUCAGCUUCUGCACUCAGCCAGGUUGAAAAGGAUAGAGAUCACAAAAGGGAGCAAGACAGUAAAAUAGAUAUGCAUCAUUGUCGCACAGUUGCAGAAAAAAGGGAGAACCACUUAUUAAAAGUCCAGAGGGAUCAUGAGCAAAAAUCACAAAUUGAAGAGCGGAAAAUACAAAAUGCUGCUGCAUAUGAGGAAGCUAGAAGAAAGGAACAAGCUUUCCGUGAAGAUAAGAUGCGCCAGGAAAAGCUAAAGCGGAAUAAAGCGGAAUCUGAGGCUGUGAAAAAGAGGGCUGAAGAAGCACGAAAGGCAGCAGCUUUUGAAGCAGAAAAUCGGAGAGCUAAAGAGGCUGCAGAAAAAGAAGUCACGGAGAAUGCAAAAAAGGCAAGUGAGGAGACACAAAAGAGGGAAGCUGCUCAAACACUAAAAGAUGUAAACAGGAGUGAACCUGGCAGAUCUGGAUCAAAUAUUUCACCAUCAACAGGUAGUUUAGUUAGGGCUGCCGAUAGUGCUCUACGAGUAGAGGUUGAAAGGCUUCAAAAGUUUAAGGAGGUUGAUGAAAAUAACCAGGCUUUCAGAUUGAGUCAUAAUCAGGAUUUUCGUAGUUAUGAAUUGCAAAUUGGUCGGCGGAUAAAGCAAAUAUCUGGGAAUAGAGACAGUGUCAGAGCAAAAGCGAGUGAACUGAUUAGACUUAUUAAUGAUCCUCUAUGUCCUCAAUCAAUUAGUGCUGUUAUGUUUGCAAAGAAGGUUGUGUCUCAAUGCUCAACCCAGAGUGCAAACUUUAACAGUACUGCAUUUGCCUGUGGGCAUGUCAUUGUUCUUGUUACUUCACAGGUUCCCCUUGCGAUGGAUCUUCUUCUUGCGGAGCUCCAUAAGGCUUGUAUAUACACUGUUCCAAAGCAUGUAGCUUACUCAGAGUCAACAAUAUCUAAAGAAGACUACUUUAAAGUGAUGGGUUUCCGAGAAGAAGAUGGGAAGGCUGAAAGCCGUGAAAGUUAUUUGGAAGGUGUGGCAUCUUAUAUGAAACUUUAUGGAGCACUAGUUCAGACGGAAGUUAGCGGUGUCCAAAACCUACAUGGUCUGAAGGAAGGUUGGGCAUGGAUUGCCAGGUUGUUGAAUUCACUCCCAGCCAACAUAUACACGGCAGUAGCUCUGAACAGUUUCCUGGAAAUGACAGGUUUUGCACUCUUCAAGACAUACAAAACUCAGUUCCGGAAGAUACUUAAUAUCAUAUCUCGCCACUUCCUGGGUGCCCUGGAAUCAAAACAAAAUCCAAAGCUGAAUCCAAUCAUCAUGAAACUUAAAACUUAUAUCGACACAAACCAAUUCCUCGAGGAACCAGAAGGGUGGCUUUUGAAAACUUCUUUAUUGUCUGAGAUGGCUAUGCCAGAGGCAAAUUACAGUCCUCAACAGAACUACCAUUCUCAGCAGAACUACCAUUCUCAGCAGAACUACCAUUCUCAACAAAAUUACUAUCCUCAACAGAAUAGACAAUAUCGCAACUAUUGAUUCAUAUCAAUUGUCGUUGUCCAAGAGUUUGAAGGAAAUGUAUCAAACAACUAUAACAUUCAAUUAUUUUUCUUUGUUAGCAAUCUUAUGUUGUUCUGGGUGGUAAAAUUUGUUAUGAGAGCAGUAGAAAAACCAAGAAGCUGCUUCUAUUGAAAGCCUACAAUUUUGUCAGUCUUAGCAUACAUACAAUGUACGAGUAAAGACUAAACAAUAAUAUUGAAACUGAUCGGGGGUUUCCUUCGGAA